CGAGAUUCCAUGAAAGAGGCCGACGAACGGUUCACCACGCUGCAAGCUACUCUUGAGGUCGUCGACGAGCACGGCAUCCUCAUGCGUGCACGGGGAUAGCGAGAUUGGUAUUUUGGAGCCUACUGCGCCGUCCGCCAAGUCCGAGCCAGGUGCCAUUCCAGACUCCGGAGGGACGCUGCCACUAUGAAGACUGCAAGAUUGGGAAGGGCGCCUGGGAUGGGAGGCAUAGGAAUAACUCUUGCGGUGGCGGUGGUCGGAUUUGCAGCAGCAGCGAGGGCACAUGAGCAUCAUGGGGAAGGCAUACCAGAGGGGAAGUUCAUCUCUGACGACCCGAUCGACUCAAUACUAUGGACGCAUAUCCUGAUCCAAAUCGUAGCCUGGGGUAUUCUCUUCCCCACCGGUAUGGUCCUCGGCAUAAUCCGCUCAAGAUGGCACGUCCCCGUCCAAACCACCGGCGCCGUCCUCGCCAUCCUCGCCUACUUCCUCGGCCACGCCCAUAAAGGCCGCCAAUUCGCGCCCAACAUGCACGCCAAAUUCGCCUCGGCAAUGAUGCUUGUCCUGCUCUCCCAAGUCGGCCUGGGCAUCUACCUGAAACUGCACCUGGAGCGCGGCUUCAACGGCCGCAUCCGUCCAUACAUCGUCAAAGCGCACGGCAUCGUAGGGAAAAUCAUGCCCGUCCUGAUCUGGACGCAAUUCGUCUUUGGGGGUUUCGCGGCCUUGGGAUUCUGCUUCGGAGACCACACGGGCCAGUGUCUGGCGCAUUUCAUCAUGGGCGGCGCCUUCAUCGCCUACGGCGUCAUUCUCACCAUCUUGCUGCUGGUGGGCCAACUGUGGCUCCGGAGAACGGGGCGGAGUCAGGAAUUCUUCGACUCCCUCGUCAUCGCCGCCUGGGGCUGCGUCAACACCUUCACCGAGCACCGCUGGGGCGGCGAGUGGGUGGGCAAUGACCUGCAGCACACGUCCAUGGGGGUGAUAUGGUGGUGCGCGGGACUGGUGGGCAUUUGGCUGAGCCGCAGGAGGGACGGAUCACCGAAGCGGAACCUGAUUCCUGCACUUGUGAUUAUCCUCACGGGAUUCGGCAUGUCGGCGCAUCCGCAGCACUUGGAGCUGUCAAAUCACGUGCAUACCAUGUUUGGGUACACGCUCAUGGCGGCGGGAUUUACGCGCAUCAUUGAGAUUUCGAUUCUGCUGAGGGAUAAGGGGGCGACGACCAGGGAUGGUUCCGACCCGAAUAGUUUCCAGUACCUGCCUCCUUUUCUCCUCUACGCCUCAGGCUUCCUCUUCAUGGGCGCCACCGAGGAGCAAAUGAAGCUCCUCUCGGACGCGCACGUCACGCACGUCUCGUACAUACUCCUCCUCUACAGCAUCGCCUUCGUCCUCUUCCUGUUCGUCAACAUGCUCGUCCACCUGUACGCCGUGCAUGCUUUCCCUCUUGGUCCUGUCCACAAGGACGCGGAUGCUGCAGGGGUGGAAGCGAAUGGGGGGUUGGCUGGGAAUGGGCAUCUGAGGGGGGAUAGGAGGGUGAGGGAUGCGGAGGAGUUUGAGCUCGAGGGUCUGAUUUCCGAGGAUGAGAGGGCGGAGGACGAGGACGAGGAUGAGGAGGGGAAGGUGAGGAGGAAUGGUGCGGCAAGGGCUUGAAGCGGUUGGAUGAUGUGAUGAUGUUUUGAUUCGGUGUUGGAAUUAGAAGGGAGGCGUUUCGUUAUGGACAGGCAUUAAGCCCAGUUGGCUUUGCCAUCUUUUAUUGUUAUUGUUUAUGCUGUUGGGUACGUAAUCAAUUCAAAUAUCAUGACUCCGA